AUGAGAUUCAACGCAAUCCCCAAGACAACCUGUCGGGCUGUCUCCUGGCGAAAUGGCCGGCUCCAGAGGUCAACGCUGAGAUUGAGGGCCUCCAACUCUGUAUGGGGUGUUUCCGAACGGGUUACAACUUUCCAUUCGACAGCAGCUCGGAUAAAUGCUGUGUCCCCAAAUGUUUCAACUCUAAGUGAUGGAGGUCUGCCACCUUAUCAACCGCCACAGACUGGUAUCUUGUCGGCAAUCCCAAAAUCCUGGGUCCCCUAUGCCGAGUUGACACGGAUUGAUAAGCCUGCUGGAACAUAUUACCUCAUGUUUCCGUGUAUCUUUUCUACCCUCCUAGCAGCACCAAUGGCAAUGCCUAUGGCAACACCCGGAACAGUCCUGGGAACCUCGGCUUUGUUUUUUACUGGAGCUUUAAUCAUGAGAGGUGCUGGUUGCUCGAUAAACGACCUGUGGGAUAGGAAUUUGGACCCUCAGGUGACCAGGACUCGUCUUCGUCCCAUCGCUCGUGGCGCCAUCACUCCAUUUAAAGGUCUUGUCUUCACAGGAUUCCAGCUUCUUGCGGGUCUCGGAGUACUGGUCCAGUUUCCAUUCGAGUGUCUCUAUUAUGGGAUACCCAGCUUGCUCUUUGUAGCGAGUUAUCCUCUGGCCAAGAGGGUGACCUAUUAUCCCCAGUUUGUCCUGGGAUUGACAUUCUCUUGGGGUGCAAUGAUGGGAUUUCCAGCCCUCGGUAUCAACCUGUUCUCUAACGCUGACGCGCUGGCAGCAGCUGCGUGUCUCUAUGCGUCAAACGUGGCAUGGACUGUUUUAUACGACAUGAUCUAUGCUCAUAUGGAUAUCAAAGACGAUGCCAAGGCUGGAAUCAAGAGUAUAGCCCUCAAGCAUGACAAGGAGACAAAGCAGGUGUUGACUGGGCUAGCAGCUACCCAGAUUGGCCUGCUUGCAGCCGCUGGAUAUGCAGCUGGCGCUGGCCCUAUUUUCUUCCUGGGAAGCUGUGGCGGAGCUCUCGCCACCCUGGGUAUCAUGAUCAAACGUGUGAAUCUGAAGAGCGUGAAAGACUGUUGGUGGUGGUUUGUGAACGGCUGUUGGAUCACAGGAGGUGUGGUAAGUUUAGGAAUGGCCGGGGAUUACGCUGUUCGCUAUUAUCAGCAACCUGCCGAACUUGAUGAGAUGGAUAUCGAGACCGAGAAGGAAUCCUGA